AUGAUGCCUAUACACUUUCCAUAUGCGAAUCCAAAUGCAACAGGAUAUUGCUUCUAUAAUGGAGGACCUGCCUAUCGUAGUUUUGCAGUUAAUUAUAAUCCUUACUUACCAUCAUUGUGUUCAAAUUCUAAUAGGUUUUUACCUACACAAUCACAAUCACAAUCACAAGCAAUAAUGUUACCAACAAGGAAACCCAAUAAAAUUAAUAAUAAUAAUCAGAAAUCUAGACCAAUUACAGCAAAUAAUGCUAAAAUUAAUUCAAAUUUAAUUUCAUCUUAUGAAGACAAGAAAGAUACUGAUUCAAAUAGUACUGUAACAUUCAGUAAACAAAUAACAAAACCAAUAUCGAAUUUAAAUCCUUUCGCUAAUGAAUUUUCUCUUGUAAAGAAUAAUAAUCAAAUAUUAAAUGUAUGUACCGAAAAAGAUUUAUCAUACAAAACUAUAGUUGAUAAUUUAAUUGAACAAAGUCUUCAAUCAAUUGAAGCUAUUAAAAAAGCAUCAAAAAAAAUUUCUGUUAGUGAUGUUUCUAUUCAACAUUGUCAAUCAAUCGAACAAACAAAUCAUUCCACACAAACAAAUGAUACCAAUUUGCUUGAAGAACAUAGCUCAUGUACAGUAGAAUUAAUGAAUAAAUUAUUUGAAAAUUUCAAAUAUUUAUUAUCAUCAUUAAAUGAAAAUGAUUUAUAUAAUCAAUUAAAAUUAAUGAGUCAUACAUUUGAUGAACUUCAUUAUUCAAUAUUAUUUAUUAAUCAGAUGCUAACAUUAAAUAAAUCAUCAAUGAAUAGAGAUAAUCUAUUUAGUAAUAUGAUAAAAGAUCUUUCAUUUGAGUCAUCACCAAUUAUUUUUGGAAAAGAAAAACGGAUCGAUAGAUUGAUUUCAUCAUCGAUAAGUUGCUCGUCAAUACCAUCAGUUUGUUCUCGACAGACUGAUUCGAUAGUGACAAUUACACCAAAAUUAUGUUUACUUUGUCGAAAACCUGUCGAUAUUAGUGAUGGUGCUAUGCAUGAAAUAUGUCGAUUAUUGUCAUCACCUCCAGAUAUUUCUAAUGAAAUAUUUGCUGAAGAUAGUUUUUCUUAA